CAGCGGAAGCACUAACAAUGUCAACGCCAACGACAACAUCGAAGUAUAAACUGAAUGGCGAGGCCACCGAAAGCGUUGCAGCAUCCACGUUGCUAUAUCAUCAUCCGCACCACAAUCAUCACCAUCACCACCACCAGCAGACGCAGCAGCAGCAGCAUCAGCAGCAGCUCCACCAUCAGCAGCAGUUGCUGCUGCAACAGCAACUCCUGCAGCAACAUGUGGCCAGCAGUUCGCCGCUGCAACAUCUGAGCAAUCUGUUUGGCCAGCAUUUGCCUACGCACAGUCUGCAGCAUUUGAUUGCCGCCGAGUACUGGCAACAGCAACAGCAGCAACAACACCCAGCAGCAACAAUUAAAAGCGAGCCAACAACUCAAUCAGCGGCAGCAACGUCGGUCUUUAGCUUCACGCCGCAGCAACACGUUAAUUUUGCCGCCUCAUUAGUCGCAUUACAGCAAAAUGAUGCCCUGCCCGAGGCAACAAUGGCAACAGCAACACCAGCGACAACUGCAGCAUCCGCAGCAACAGCAAAAGCAGCAACAACAAGCCCUUCGACAGCAACAACAUCGGCAACUUCGCAGGCGCCAACAGCAACCCAAGCAGCAGCAACAAUUGACGACAUCGAAGAUGAUGAUGACGACAGCAACAUCGGCAACCACAUGCAAAAUGCAGGCGUCGGCAACUUUAAAUUCGAGCCAGGCCAACAAGAUGCGAAUGAAGCCAUCCUAACGAGCCCCGAGGAGAACAAAGACGGAACUUUGACUGCUGUUGACACAAAUAUGCGCGAUGUCAGCGCAAAUCACGGCAGCUCCUUCCUCUCCUCCUCCUCCUCCCCCGCCUCCUCGACUCUGGUGUCCUGCCCGUCGCCCUUCACCUCCCCCCGCUCGGAAAAGGACGAGGGAGCGAGGAUGCGGGACAAGAAGCUAACGCUCGAAUUGAAGUUGCAAUCGUGUGAUGAAUAUGUUGAGCAGCCAAAGGAUAAAGGAGCCGAACGGCUGCAUCCAGCUCAGAUUGCCAACAACAAUGCUUCGUCGCCUCUGCAGUUGAAAAUGGAGGAGCAGGAGCAGCAGCAGGAGCAGGGACAGGAACAGGAGCAGGGGGCUGAGGGGGAGGAAAAGGAUAAGGUCCUGGGACUGACCGGUGCAGCAGUUGCUCUCUAUGGCCACUUGAACAAUGCCAGCAAGGAUGUGCGAGAUUUAGAGCAGCGCCUGAAAUUGCAGCAACCAAGUGAUAUCAGUCGUCUGUCGCGUUCGCCGUCGCCACUGCAAUCGAAUGCUUCUGAUUGUGAUGACAAUAAUUCGAGUGUGGGCACCUCCAGCGACCGCUGCCGAUCUCCUUUGAGUCCUGCGUUGUCCUUGACCCACCAGCAGGCGAAGCGCCAGCUGAUGUCGCUGCAGCCGCACCCGGCUCACCACCACCACAGUGCGCACCACCUGAACCACCUGAACCACCAUCAGUACAAACAGGAGGAGGACUACGAGGACGCCAAUGGCGGUGCUCUGAACUUGACCAGCGACAACAGUCGCCACAGCACUCAAUCCCCGGCAAACUCGGUUAAAUCUGCGAUUGCCUCGCCAGUUCCCGUGAUUUCGGUUCCCUCGCCGGUGGCUCCAAUGAUCUCCCCGGUUUUACCGCCCACGGGCGGUGCCACCACUCCGAAUUCGAUGGCUGCAGCGGCUGCAGCUGCCGCAGCAAUGGCUUCUUCGAUGGGAAGUGGCAUCUCCCCACUGCUGGCCAUUCCGGGAAUGUCCUCGCCACAGGCUCAACUUGCGGCAGCUGGUUUGGGAAUGAGUAAUCCCCUGCUCACGGGAUCCCUUUCCCCACAGGAUUUUGCCCAGUUCCAGCAGUUGUUGCAACAACGACAGGUUGCAUUAACGCAGCAGUUCAACAGCUACAUGGAGUUGCUGAGGAGUGGAUCCUUGGGUUUGGCACAGGAUGAUCCUGCACUGACCACCCAGGUGGCAACUGCCCAGUUCCUGAUGCAGAGUCAACUUCAAGCAUUGAGUCAAGCCACCCAGCAGUUGCAAGCGUUGCAGAAGCAACAACAAAGGCAACAGGACGAACCACUGCAGUUGAACCACAAGAUGGCGCAACAGCAGCCACGCAGCUCCACUCCCCACUCGAUUAGGAGUCCCAUUACCAUCCGCAGUCCUGCCAGUUCCCCCCAGCAGUUGCACCACCACCACCCUCUGCAAAUAACUCCACCCAGUUCGGCGGCUAGUCUGAAGUUGAGUGGCAUGCUAACUCCAAGUACGCCAACGAGUGGCACGCAGAUGAACCCGGGAACCACCACCCCACAACCCAAAACGGUGGCCAGUGCUGCAGCUGCUCGGGCAGCGGGUGAACCCUCGCCGGAGGAAACCACCGACUUGGAGGAACUGGAGCAGUUCGCCAAGACCUUCAAGCAGCGCAGGAUCAAACUGGGAUUCACCCAAGGAGAUGUGGGCUUAGCCAUGGGUAAACUAUAUGGAAAUGACUUCUCGCAAACCACCAUUUCGAGAUUUGAAGCUCUGAAUCUGAGCUUCAAGAACAUGUGCAAGCUGAAGCCACUGCUGCAAAAGUGGUUGGAUGACGCCGAUCGCACAAUUCAGGCAACAGGUGGCGUCUUUGAUCCUGCCGCCCUGCAGGCUACAGUGAGCACUCCGGAGAUCAUCGGCCGCCGUCGCAAGAAGCGCACUUCGAUUGAGACCACGAUUCGCGGAGCUCUGGAGAAGGCCUUCCUGGCCAACCAGAAACCCACCUCCGAGGAGAUCACCCAGCUGGCCGACCGCCUCGGCAUGGAGAAGGAGGUGGUGCGCGUGUGGUUCUGCAACCGCCGGCAGAAGGAGAAGCGCAUCAAUCCCUCGUUGGACAGUCCCACGGGUGCCGACGACGAGGAGUCCUCCUACAUGAUGCACUAGGGGGUCAAAGGACCAUUCGAGGGUCACAGUUAGGGACAAAGACAGUGCAAUGUGCCGGAGAAAUCAAAGGAAGCUUAGCAACACUAUGAGCAGGUUCAAAGUCGCAAACACAUCAAAUACUAGCAUAAUUCUGUACUACGGAUAGGUAUCAACUCCUGCACAAAUCGGGGUUUGCUUAUGUUAACUAUUAAUGGUAUUUAUUUUAAUAUAAUUGUAUUGAAAGUCAAUACAAAAUAUUGCUGAUCAAGUUUACAAUCUACAAAGUUUACUUGACCACCAACAUUUUGCAAGCCAAAAUCAAAUGGAAUUUUUUUGCUUCGACCAGCAAAUUAAUUUCAUUUCCUUAAGGUUCUCUGUGGCGUUUGUGUAUUACUAAUAUUUAAGUAAAGUCUCUGCACAUUUUCAAAGUCAUCAUAAUGAAUUCCUAGCGAAUAAUUAUAAAGUUAAACACUUUCCACGUAAAACAAGUAAAUUACCUUUUAAGCAUAUUUAUUUUUCGCGUGAAUACUGUGAUAAUCAAUUUGAAUGAUUUUAAUUUUAAUUAAAAGGAAAAGAAAACAAAGAAAAACAAAAUAAACAUAAACUAGGUGUACUUUGUAUGUUAUGGGCAAGUAAACUAACACAAAUAAAACAAAACAUUAAUUUAAAUCUAAAUCCAUCGUAUUUAUGUGUAAAAACCAAUUGAAUUUAUGAAAACACAAAAACAUUUACAAUUGUAAA